CAGUUUCAAAAUGGCAGCCGGAAGGAAGUUUGCGAUUCGAGUGAUCCCCAGGUUUUAAUCUAAGGACGUUAGCACAAUUUCCGGCCCGGUGGCAAGAUGGCUGCGCCCCGUGGUGGACUCCAACCUCGUGAGCGGCGAGAUGGGGAGCCGGAGCAGGGUUGGGAUGCCGUGGCGCCCAAGCGGCCCCGACUCGGGGCGGGAAGCAAGAUCGGAGGCCGUAGGCUCAUUGUGGUGCUGGAAGGGGCCAGUCUGGAGACGGUCAAGGUAGGGAAGACAUAUGAGCUGCUAAACUGUGACAAGCACAAGUCUAUGUUGUUGAAGAAUGGACGGGACCCUGGGGAAGUGAGACCAGACAUAGCUCACCAGAGUUUACUGAUGCUGAUGGACAGUCCCCUGAACCGAGCUGGCUUGCUACAGGUUUAUAUCCACACACAGAAGAAUGUGCUGAUUGAAGUGAACCCCCAGACUCGAAUUCCCAGAACCUUUGACCGCUUUUGUGGCCUCAUGGUUCAGCUUUUACACAAACUCAGUGUUCGAGCAGCUGACGGCCCCCAGAAGCUCUUAAAGGUAAUUAAGAAUCCAGUGUCAGAUCACUUCCCAGUGGGAUGUAUGAAAGUUGGUACUUCAUUUUCCACCCCGGUCGUCAGUGACGUGCGAGAGUUGGUGCCCAGCAGUGACCCUAUUGUUUUUGUGGUGGGGGCCUUUGCCCAUGGCAAGGUCAGUGUGGAGUAUACAGAGAAGAUGGUGUCCAUCAGCAACUACCCCCUUUCUGCUGCCCUCACCUGUGCAAAACUUACCACAGCCUUUGAAGAAGUAUGGGGCGUCAUCUGACAGUAGAACCUUGUUCUGAAACAGAGACUGUGGACAUUGCAUCCCUUGACCCUGUUCUCAACUCACUGUUGGAAGAUGAGCUUCCUGCACCAAGACUGUGGUGUUUGCAGAAGCUGAGGCUGUGCAGUUGCUAUUUGUUUAUCCUAUAAAAACUGCUCCUACAAACCUGGUUGUUCUCUGGG